GUGUGUAUGAUUGUGUGUAGGAGGUGUGUGGAGGAGGUGUGUAGGAGGUGUGUGGAGGAGGUGUAGGAGGUAUGUGUGGCAGGUGUAUAAGAGGUGUGUAGGGGGUGUGUGUAGAGGUGGAGGAGGUGUGUAAGUGUGUAUAGGAGGUGUGUGUAUGACAUAUGUGGAGGAGGUGGAGGAGGUGGAGGAGGUGUGUAGGUGUGUGUAUGUGUGUAGGAAGUGUGUAGGAGAUGUGUGUAGAGGUGGAGGAGGUAUGUAAGUGUGUGGAGGAGGUGUGUGGAGGAGGUGGAGGAGGUGUGUAUGGCAGGUGUGUAGGAGGUGUAUGAGGUAUGUGUGGCAGGUGUAUACGAGGUGUGUAGGGGGUGUGUAUGCAGGGGUGCAGGUGGAAUGUCCAGGUGGAAGGUGUAGACGUGGGUGCAGGUGGAGGUUGCAGGGGAGCUGCUCAGGCCCCAGCCUCUGCUGCCUUUGGUGCCCCUAUCUGAGCAGGGUCCCCCGACUUCCUGCCAACCCGAAGCUGCCUUUGCCAGCGUUUUGGGUUUUUGAGCCCCGGCAAGCAUCUGGGUGCUGUGCACAGUGCUGGGGGGUGGGAGGCGGCGUCUUCCAAAGCCCUCAGUGUCACUCUGCCUCUUCAUGGACCUCCCUCGGCUGCCCUCCCAAGAGCCUUCUGGAAGGAGCCCUGGCAACCCUCUGGGCAGGUGCCCGUGAGGCAGAAGUGGGAGGAGAAGGGCUAGGCUGAGGGGGUCGUCUUUGUCCAAGUGUAGGGUCUUGGUGGGGAGGACUCAGAUGCAGGGCCCUAGCUCAGCCCACGUCCUGACCCAUGUCCUCUGUGUCCAUUCAGCCCACGUCUUGACCCCUGUGUCCCCUGUGUCCAUUCACCCACGUCCUGACCUAUGUCCCCUGUGUCCAUUCAGCCCACGCCCUGACCCAUGUGUCUCCCUGUGUCCAUUCAGCCCCAUGUCCUGACCCCCUUGUCCCCCUGUGUCCAUUUAGCCCCACGUCCUGACCCCUGUGUCCCCCGUGUCCAUUCAGCCCACAUCCUGACCCCCUUGUCCCCCUGUGUCCAUUUAGCCCCACGUCCUGACCCCUGUGUCCCCCGUGUCCAUUCAGCCCACAUCCUGACCCUUGUGUCCCCUGUGUCCAUUCAGCCCACAUCCUGACCCCUGUGUCCCCUGUGUCCAUUCACCCACGUCCUGACCUAUGUCCCCUGUGUCCAUUCAGCCCACGCCCUGACCCAUGUGUCUCCCUGUGUCCAUUCAGCCCCAUGUCCUGACCCCCUUGUCCCCCUGUGUCCAUUUAGCCCCAUGUCCUGACCCCUGUGUCCCCCGUGUCCAUUCAGCCCACAUCCUGACCCCUGUGUCCCCCUGUGUCCAUUCGGCCAACGUCCUGACCCCUGUGUCCCCUGUGUCCAUUCACCCACAUCCUGACCCCUGUGUCCCUCGUGUCCAUUCACCCACGUCCUGACCCCUGUGUCUCCCUGUGUCCAUCAGCCCCAUGUCCUGACCCCCUUGUCCCUCUGUGUCCAUUCAGCCCCACGUCCUGACCCCUGUGUCCCCCGUGUUCAUCCAGCCCACUUCCUGACCCCCGUGUCCUCCUGUGUCCAUUCAGCCCACGUCCUGACCCCCAUAUACCCAUUGUGUCCAUUUAGCCCACGUCCUGACCCCUGUGUCCCCCAUGUCCAUUCAGCCCAUGUCUUGACCCCCGUGUCCGCCGUGUCCAUUCAGCCGACUUCCUGGCCCCCAUGUCCCCCGUGUCCAUUCAGCCCAUGUCCUGACCCCUGUGUCCCCCUGUGUCCAUUCAGCCCCACAUCCUGACCCCUGUGUCCCCCAUGUCCAUUCAGCCCAUGUCUUGACCCCCAUGUCCGCCGUGUCCAUUCAGCCCAUGUCUUGACCCCUGUGUCCCCCUGUGUCCAUUCAGCCCCACAUCCUGACCCCUGGGUCCCCCGUGUCCAUUCAGCAGAUAUCCUGACCCCCAUGUCCCCCAUGUCCAUUCAGCCCCACGUCCUGACCCCUGUGUCCCUCGUGUCCAUUCAGCCCACAUCCUGACCCAUGUGUCUCCCUGUGUCCAUUCAGCUGGGAGGGAGCUGCAGCCUAGUGAUGGCCUGUGGCACACAGUGACCCGAGGGUGCCCAGUGAGGACUUCCAGUCCCUGCCCUCUGUGACCACAGCACUUAAGGGCGGUUAGAGUUGGGGGGCAUUUGUGGCUGCUGCUGCAGGGCCAGCAGAAGUGUGGAGGACCCCGAGGACGGGGUGCUAGGGGGCCUCUCAGAAUGGCCCCCCGGGCUGGGAUGGCCUUGAUGGCACCAGGGCCUCACAGUGCCUUGGGGGAUCUCAGGAGCUGCAAACUCUGCCCCAGGAGUGGACGUGCCCAGCGUCAGGCACUGGGUGAGUGGGGUGGGCUUCUCACCUGCUACCUGAGUGCCCAGGGCCCACUGUGUGACAGGCACCCAAGCACUCACGGCAGGGGACAGCCAGGAAUGGCCAAGUGCCUGCCCAAGAUGGGUCCCACCUGGUGCUGUGUCUGCUGCAUGGCCGGGUUCUCAGAGUGGCCCCAGGGUGGGUGGAGGGAGCCUCCCUAGGCUAUGUGUACAGGGCUGAGUGAUGCCACACCAGUGACCGGGAGCUCUAUGGGUGCCCCCCUGUGGUGCAGGGCCACUGCUGCUCUUGGCCAGAAGUUACUGGUUAACUCAUCCUGUUCCUGUUUAACCUCUGGGGAUGGUGGCAGCCUCUAACCCUCCAGGUGCCCUGUCCAGCUGGCCACACGGAGAGCAUCCUGCCCAGCCUUUGGUGGACCAGUCUGCGUGGCCGAGGAGCCCCGUGGAGCUGGGGUGGUGCCAGUGCCCAGCCCACCCCCCAGGAGGCCCCAGCAGAGCAUGGCAGGUGUCUGUGGCAGGGCCCCCGACUUCCUCUCCCCACCUGGAGACCAGGUCCUGGGGCCAGUCCUGGGCAGUGCAGUCGCUUUGAACUGCACGGCUUGGGUGGUCUUUGGGCCCCUCUGCCCUCAACCUUCGGUCCAGUGGCUGAAAGACGGGCUUCCGUUGAGCAAUGGAAGCCACUACAGCCUGCAAGAGGACAUCCGGGUCGAAGCCAACUUCUCGGAGGCGCUUGUGUCCAGUGUCCUGGGGGUUAACUUGACCAGUGCUGGCGACUACGGGGUCUUCGCGUGCUCCAUUCAGAACGCCAGCUCCUCCUCCAUCACUCUGCGUCGAGCUGGCAUGGCCGGCCACGUGGCUGCGGUGCUGGCCUCGCUCCUGGUGCUGCUGGCCCUGCUGCUGGCAGCGUCGCUCUACGUCAAGUGUCGCCUCAAUGUGCUGCUCUGGUACCAGGCCACGUACGGCGACCUGGAGGUGAACGACGGGAAGCUCUACGACGCCUACGUCUCCUACAGCGACUGCCCCGAGGACCGCAAGUUCGUACACUUCAUCCUCAAGCCGCAGCUGGAGCGGCGCCGCGGGUACAAGCUCUUCCUGGACGACCGCGACCUCCUGCCGCGCGCAGAGCCUUCCGCCGACCUCCUGGUGAACCUGAGCCGCUGCCGGCGCCUCAUCGUGGUGCUCUCGGACGCCUUCCUGGGCCAGGCCUGGUGCAGCCACAGCUUCCGGGAGGGCCUGUGCCGGCUGCUGGAGCUCACGCGCAGACCCAUCUUCAUCACCUUCGAGGGACAGCGGCGCGGCCCCGCGCACCCCGCGCUGCACCUGCUGCGCCAGCACCGCCACCUGGUGACGCUGCUGCUCUGGAGGCCGGGCUCCGUGACCCGGUCGUCCAACUUCUGGAAAGAGCUGCAGCUGGCGCUGCCGCGGAAGGUGCACUACAGGCCGGCGCAGGGAGACCCGCAGACGCGGCUGCAGGAGGACAAAGACCCCAUGCUGAUCGUCGGUCGUGGCCGCCAGGGCCGCGCCCUGGACGUGGAGCCGGGCCCAGACCGCGAGGGAGACGCGGGUGUCCGAGGGCCUGUCUUUGGCGAACCGUCGGCUCAGCUGCACACGAGUGGGGCACCCCUGCCUGGCGAGGGCCAGGGCAGUGAACUGGACGUCUCGGACCUCGGCUCACGCAACUACAGUGCCCGCACCGACUUCUACUGCCUGGUGUCGGAGGGUGACGUGUAGCCACUGAGCCAGGACCACGGGGGGUGGCUUGGGGGCACCGCAGACCCGGGCCUGGACUCCUGGGGUCCCGGGGGAAUGGGUGUGGCUCCAGGGCCCCACCCUGUGCCACAGAAUAAAAGUCUUUGGACUCUG